AUGAAAGUAUGUCGUUCACGCUUAUUGCAUCGGCUUCCAAUUGCUUUUCAUCAAAAAUAUUGCAGUAUGAAGCCUAUCUUACUCGCCAUAUUGUUACCUGCUCUCAUCAAUGGGGAAGAUCUUUCCGGGCUUUCCGUUGUUGAAGUGAAUAAAAACAAUAACGUUCAUCAUCUACCCUACCAAGGCGAUAUUGUGUUAUCCCGUGAGCAUGCGGAACAGAUCGCUAGCGGUACAAAAAGUGGGGAAAGCGUUGACGGGCAUCGUUUGAAACGUCAGGCCAUGAAUUGGAAGGCUUGGCCACAAGUUCUUUGGGUGGAUGGAGUAAACUAUUUCUUCGACGAUUCUGUCUCUGCUCAAACCAAGACUGCAUUCAAAGACGCAGCUAAACAAUGGGAAAGUCACACCUGCAUCAAUUUCACAGAAAAUCCUUCGGGUGAGAAUUAA